AUGACUUCUUUUUGGUCCAGCUUCUUUUCUCGCGGUGGCAUCACGGCUUCUGGUCAGCUGCCCGCCCUCACGACCGCGACAAUUGACGACAUCGCGCUCGCCCUUGACAAAAAUCAUUUCACAUCAGUCGACCUUGUACGCGCCUAUAUUUCCCGUGUCGAAGAAGUUAACCACCUUGUAAACGCUGUUCUAGAGAUCAACCCUGAUGCCAUAUCUACCGCUGCCGAACUCGACCAAGAACGCAGAACCCAGGGUAGACGAGGUCCUCUACAUGGAGUCCCCAUUCUUCUCAAAGACAAUAUCUUCACGCUCGACCGCACCGCAACAUCCGCUGGCUCCUUUGCCUUGCUAGGCUGCAAAGCUCCCCGCGAGGGCACUGUUGUUGAGCGACUCCGCAACGCCGGGGCCAUUAUCCUUGGCAAGACAAACUUGUCAGAAUGGGCCAACUUCCGUUCCACAAACGCUACCAAUGGUUGGAGUGCGCGAGGAGGUCAGACCUAUGGUGCCUUUGCCGACUCUCAGGCUACAGAAGGCAGUAGUAGCGGCUCAGCUGUGUCUAUGAUUCUGGGUCUUGCAACGGUUUCUUUAGGCACCGAGACAGAUGGCAGCAUUGUCGGGCCUGCGAAAAAGAGUAGCAUUGUCGGACUACGAACAACCACUGGCCUCGUGCCACGCGAUGGCGUUAUUCCUCUUUCAGAUCGGCAGGACACAGUCGGCCCUAUGACACGUACGGUCAAAGAUGGAGCAUACUUGCUAUCAGUAAUUGCCGGACGCAGUCAAUACGACAAUGCCACUUCUUCCAUUCCUUUUGACGACAUCCCCGAUUACAUCGAGGCAUGUCAAGGAAGGGACCUCACAGGCGUUCGUCUGGGAGUCCCUCGGAACUCUAUUCCCGAGCACCCACCUGGAGUCGAUGCAGACUUCAACAAGGCUCUCGAGAAGCUGCGUGACGCCGGCGCGGUGAUCAUUGACAACGUCAAAUUUAGAUCCGAGAAAGAAUGGGAUGAGUGGGACAAUCAAGACCGCAAACGGGCACUUGAGGCGGAAUUCAAGUCCUCUAUUGCACGGUGGUGCGGCGAGCUCAUAGUCAACCCAAAUGGCAUCAACUGUGUGGACGAUAUCAUCGAAUUCACCAAGUCACAUCCCAAAGAGCUCUAUCCGGAGCGCAAUAUCGACAGACUUCUGUCUUCACGAGACUCCCCGGGCAUCGACGAUCCAAUAACACAACAAUCCCUGACAAAAAUGCUUAGGCUCUGUGCUGAUGAUGGUAUCCUUGGUGCUUUGGCCGACUAUAAGCUCGAUGCCCUCGUUUUCCCCAAUGACUACAAUCGGCCUUCAACAUUUGCUGCACGCGCAGGCAUGCCUGUUAUGGCACUACCUUUGGGCUUCUUCCCUCCCCAAACACCGAUCAAGAAAACAAAAACAGGCGGUCAAGUUGAUGUUGCUCCCAAUGUGCCAUAUGGCAUCGCCUUUGUAGCUGAACCUUACUCCGAAACGCGCCUAUUCCAUAUUGCCCAUGUAUUCGAGCAGGCUUGGGCUCUAGAGAGCCCAGGCAAACUGCAUAUCGUACCCAAGACUGAGAUCGGAGACGUACUACAAAAUGGGCGGCUAGCUGCACUGUGA